UUGACCGGGAACUCACGUUGGCAGCAGCCAAAGAGAGGGGCCGGCUCCGCCAAGACACAACAGGGAGGGGAUAAGUCAGCAUCCCCCACCCCCUCCGGACAGGGAGCAGGGGAGGAGAGCCAGUAUCCCCCACCCCUGCGCAGGGCGGAGGAGCGCGUCCCGCGCCCGGCGCCUCCUGCACCGACGCAUCUCCGGAGCAGUGCGCGAGAAUGCAGGUCCACAGGGACGCGCACGCGGGGCUCCUGCUGCCGUGGGGAUGGGUGGCUCUCUGCCUGAUGAGUCUGCUGCAUCUAAACAACUUGACUUAUGUUGCGACGGAGACUACUGCCCCAGGAAUAUCUCCAUCAGUUCCUACAAAUGAGUCCAGUGAGAAAACCACCAAACCUAACAUCCCUGGAAGUACCAGCUCCUACUUGUUCCCUCAGGGCAGCAAUGAGACCACACCAACCAUCUCAGAGACAAUGAUCAACUUUACCACUGCCACUGGAAAUACUUCAGGCUCUGGAACCACACAAGCUUUUGUGCAAUCACAGACGUCCCCAGCUAUCACCCUGCCUACCACUUCAGACAAUGCUUCCACUUCAGAGAUGACCUGGGAGCCCAGCGUGCCGUCUGUAAAUGUUUCUGAUUACUCACCUAAUAAUAUCAGUUUUGAGAUGACAUCAACCACUGAACCAUAUGCAUACACAUCAUCUUCUAUUGCCCCAAUUACAAUCAAGGGAGAAAUCAAAUGUUCAGGAAUCCGAGAAGUGAGGUUGGCCCAGGGCAUCUGCCUGGAACUAAGUGAAGCAGCUAGCUGUGAUGAAUUUAAGAAGGAAAAAGGAGAGGGUCUAACCCAAAUACUGUGUGGGAAGGAGGGGGCUGAGGCUGAUGCUGGUGCUAGUGUCUGCUCCUUGCUUCUAGCCCAGUCUGAGGUUAGGCCCGAGUGUUUGCUGAUGGUCUUGGCCAAUAGCACAGAACUUUCCAGCAAACUCCAGCUUAUGGAAAAGCACCAGUCUGACUUGAGAAAGCUGGGGAUCCAAAGCUUCAAUAAACAAGACAUUGGGAGCCACCAGAGCUAUUCCCGAAAGACUCUGAUUGCAUUGGUCACCUCGGGAGUCCUGCUGGCCAUCUUGGGUACUACUGGCUAUUUCCUGAUGAAUCGUCGAAGUUGGAGUCCCACAGGAGAAAGGCUGGGUGAAGACCCUUAUUACACGGAGAAUGGUGGAGGCCAGGGCUAUAGCUCAGGACCUGGGGCCUCCCCUGAGACUCAGGGAAAGGCCAGUGUGACCCGAGGGGCUCAGGAGAACGGGACCAGCCAGGCCACCUCCAGAAACGGCCAUUCAGCAAGACAACAUGUGGUGGCUGACACAGAACUGUGACUUGGCUGGGUGGGCAAAACUGGGUGGUAUCUGGGAAGUGGCAGCUCUGCCUCUGACCUCAUGCUGCCUCCAGCUCAUGUCCUACCUUCUCACUUACAUACACUUUAGAGACUGUUCCUAGGACUCUUCACCUAUGGGGAGGCAGAUAAACUUACCUCUGAACAUUCAGCUCCCUGAACCCAAACUCUGACCUUUGGGUCAAGUUGUGAUGGGGAGAAGCCUAGGUCUAGAGGAGCUGCCAAGGUUGGUGGCUAUGUAUCACUUGUCUUGGAUCCUUUCUUCCUCUUCUCUUGCCUCUUUACAGAGGCUCUUGGGAAGACUAGCUUUUCUAAGCUACAACUUCCUCCCAGGAAACUUCACAUUUUACUGUUAUUUCUUUCUGUUUUCUUUCCCUACUGUAGGGAAACCAAGAUAUUCACUGACAUCUGUUCCCUUAUAAGGAUAUAGCCAGAAAACAGUUCAUCCCUUAUAACUCUUCAAGACACUAUGGAUUUAGUCACCAACUUCUCUCUUGGUCGCCUGUUCCUGAAAAUCUGUCUACAGAGGCCAGGACAACUUUCUAUCUGAAUCCUGGUACUGGGCUCCAUGUUUUAAAGCAACAGCUCACUUGGUCUCUUGGGGUCACACAGGAAUUCUCAUUGGUUCAUUGUAGACAGGACAGUGGAACAAGACUUUGAACUGAGCCUCUGGUUUUUUUUGUUUGUUUGUUUUAUUUUGUUGCUAGGGAUUGACCCUGGAACUCUACACAUAUUAGGCAAGUGCUCUACCAUUGAGCUGUAUCCUCAGCCCUCCUCCUUCUUAUUUAGAGAUAAGGUUUCAUGUAGGUGACCAGGUUUGCCUUGAACUAUGCAGUUUAGGUAGACCUUAAAUUCUUGCUUUAGGCUUCCAAGUAGCUUGAAUUACAGGCCUGAGCUACCAGGCUCAGUUGAGCUAAGCCUCCUGACCUGAGCUCUUCAGAAGAAUCCUCUUGCUUUGAGGCCCCUAGUCUUCUCUAAAAUCUAUGACUUCCCCCACCCUCUGACUCCUGGGGGAGCUGUGGCCUCAGUCCCCUGGUAGAUUCCUUUCUGUCUGUGCCUUUCCUAGCCUAAACCCCUUCAAGAUCACAAGCUUCCUCUCCUGGGGUUGACCCAGGACUCCUUCUCUUAUUUUUUCAGAGGGGAGAACAGGGAUCCUGAUUUCAAUGAGGCUGGAAACAGAACUUUCCAGAGAUGAGAGGAUUGGGUGGAUUUUUUUCUGAAUAAACAGUGAUGAGUGAGAAUAAUAUAAUUAAAGUGAUGAUGAAAUCUG